CGGGAACCAGACUCAAUAUUUUAAGAAAUGCAGACGACGUUAUUUAGAUUCUAAUUUAUUUUUAUAAUCGAACACCGAUUACAUACACACGUCACAAAACACAUAAGAAAUUUACUUUAUAUCAAGCCAUUCAAGAGUAUUUAUUGCAGAAGAAAUGAACAUCGAUGGCAGGACUGAUUGACUUCAGUCAAAUCUUCACAGAUGAUGUCUGUCCAACACAGAGUUCUCAUGGUGCGGCAUUCAAAGCCAGGAACAAAGAUGUACCAGAGGCCCCUGUCUUCAAGGACAUUCCUGAUCUUGAUGUCAUCUUUACUGGGGAUGCAGGGCCAGCCAGAAUGCAACUGUCACAGUGGUUGCCGAGUACUCAGAUGUCACAGAGAAACAAACACACAAAUGAAAGGAGCAGCAAAAAGCCGUCAUAUGUAGUUUCAGAAAGAGGUGACAGUGAUGACAUCUACCUGGGCUCCCAGUUUCCAGUGGUACACAAGAUUGGGCCUUCUCAGAUCCCACAUAACGCGCGGGAAACUGUACACAUUGCACCUUCAUACGAUGAUUGGACUUCACAGCAUUACAAUGGAUCUCUGAAUGCUGGCUAUUCAUAUCAGCAUACAUUUGGAAAACAUUCUCUAACAAACCCAAGGCCCAAGAAUGCCCACCAGAAUCUGAACAAGCAACAUCUGCAUGACCAAGGUCCCCAUGCAAAGCGUUUGACCAGCGGUACCCAAGGCGUUCAUACGCAAGUCACAAAGUCUGUAGAGCCUGUUCCUGCCAACAGUCAAGAGGACCUGUUUGAUGAAAGUCUACCGGCCCACAGUCCGGACCUGGGGGUAGUGUACACUCCUGGACCCAAUGUUGUUCCUGCUCAGGUACAGAGGUUCGGUGUUCCACUUCGUUCAGUGACAGAGAUUUCUGAAAACUUCAGAGGGAUUUUCAAGUUUCGUCACUUCAACAUUGUGCAGUCAAAAGUAUUUGAUGAUGUGAUGUACGGUGACAGGUCUCUUGUUCUCUGUGCACCCACUGGCUCUGGUAAGACAGCCGUGUUUGAGAUGGCCAUGGUCCGCAUCCUAUCUGCACCAACUGCUGGCUCAACUUCGUACAGGAACAUCAAAAUUGUCUACAUGGCUCCCAUCAAGGCCCUGUGCAGUGAACGUUACACAGACUGGAAGGGUAAGCUGGAGCCUCAUGGACUGAAAGUCAUGGAACUCACGGGCGAUACAGACAUGGAAGACUUCUAUGAGCUGCAAGAGGUCAACAUCAUCCUCACCACACCAGAGAAGUGGGACAGCAUGACAAGGAAAUGGCGGGAGAACAAAUCUGUUGUGCAGUCAAUAUGCCUGUUCCUUAUUGAUGAAAUCCAUGUGCUGAAUGAUCCCACACGAGGCUCAGUGGUGGAAGCAGUGGUGAGUCGCAUGAAGACCAUAGAGGCAGCACAGACACGAGGUAGCACCAACUUGGGCUAUGCAGGCCUCAGAUUCAUAGCAGCCUCCGCCACCAUUACCAACAUAGAGGAUAUCGCUGAAUGGCUUGGGAAAUCAGGGCUACCAGCUGUUCACUACAAACUGGAUGACAGUGUGAGGCCGGUGCGGUUACGAAAGGUGGUGCUUGGAUACAACUUCCAGGAGACCAAACAGUCCAUGUUCCAGUUUGACAUCUCUCUCAGCUACAAACUUGCCUCUGUCAUUAACUCCUACAGUGAAAACAAACCUUCACUUGUGUUUUGUGCAACUAGAAAGAGUGCAAUGCAAGGUGCAGAGAUUCUUGCGAAGGCAGUUCAAGGGACGUUACUUCAUGAUGGCAGACACCGGCUAGAGUUGCAGAACUUUUCAAUGAAACUAAAAGAUGCUAAACUUAGAGAUCUUGUUUCGAAGGGUAUUGGUUACCACCACGCUGGUAUGGACAUGCAAGAUAGAAAGGCAAUAGAAGAAGUAUUUGCAAGUGGCAAUUUACCUGUUUUAGUGGCCACAAGUACAUUGGCAAUGGGAGUAAACUUGCCGGCCCACCUGGUGGUGGUCAAGUCCACCAUGUUCUACAACAUGGGCUCACAUGAGGAGUACCCUGACAGUCAGGUCCUUCAGAUGAUCGGCCGGGCAGGCAGGCCUCAGUUUGACAACACAGCCACCGCUGUAAUCAUGACUAGAAACCAGACCAAGAUGAAAUAUGAGCACCUGUUGAAUGGGACCCAGGUGAUUGAGAGCAGUCUCCAUAGAAACCUGAUGGAACACCUGAAUGCGGAGAUAGCCCUGGCAACCAUCUCGGACAUAUCUGUGGCACUGGAGUGGCUCAAGUACACCUUCCUGUACAUCAGGGUGAUGAAGAACCCAGGACACUAUGGUUUGCCAAUUGGCCUGUCAAGAAAUUCCAUAGAGAAAAGACUUCAAGACAUGUGUAUGAGAGAUCUGAACCAGCUGAAAAGUCUCCAACUUAUCUUUACAAAUGAAGAAACGAUGGAUGUCAGAUCUACAGACAUUGGGAAGCUGGUCGCCAGAUACUGCAUCUCAUGCAAAACUGCAGAGCUCUUUAUGGCCAUAAUAGGAACUGAGACUGUGAAUCAGCUGCUGGAGAUAAUGUGCAAGUGUGAAGAGUUUUCAGACAUCAUGUUACGCAACAACGAGAAGAAAACCCUGAACACAUUAAACAGACACAAGAACAUGAUAACAAUAAGGUAUCCAAUGACCGGAAAAAUCAGAACAACAGAUAUGAAGGUUAAUUGCCUGAUUCAAGCAGCUCUGGGCAGUCUGGGGUUGCAGGACUUUGCCCUCCAGCAGGAUACAUCCAGGAUCUUCAGGGCUGGCAUCAGGGUCAGCAGAUGUCUGGUGGAACUGUUAUGGCACCGGCCAGAUUUCAAGUCAUUUCUCAGUGCCCUACAGCUGUGCAAGGGUUUUAGGGCGAAGCUGUGGGAAGACUCCAAAUACGUCAGCAAACAGUUGGAUGGCAUAGGUCCAGCCCUGUCUACUGCCCUGGUGAAUGCUGGAUUGACAACCUUUGACAAACUCAAGGAAACUAACCCAAGAGAAAUUGAACUGAUUGUGAACAGGCACCCACCUUUUGGAAACCAAAUCAGAGAGUCUAUAGCAAAGCUUCCCAAGUAUGAGCUUUCCAUCCAACAGGUGGCAAGGUAUUGCUCCUCGUCUGCAGAAAUAGUCAUCACUGUAGAGCUGACCAAUCAGGACUUGCUGCGAGAUCUGGGAUGUAACACCAACCACAUGUGCACUCUUGUUGUGGGAGAUGAGGAUAAUAUGACAGUCUAUAAACAAAGAAUCAUGGAUGCGUUGCUGAUGAAAGAGAAGUCCUGGAGUAAGCGGCUGGAGGUCAGACGGGCUGUCAAAGGGGCAGAACUCUUCAUCCAUUAUAUCAGCCAGGAAUGGGUUGGCUUAGAUAUUGAAUGCACCUACACUCCACACUAUUUAGGAGAACAGACAAUGUCCAAUCACAUGGAAACACUCUCGGACAGGCUUGAAGAUAUGGGGGAUUUGGUGCCAUGCCAUCACCAGUGUAGAAACAAACGUACCUGCAACCACCCAUGUUGUAAACAUGGUGUCCCAUCAAAACGGCAUGCCUCCAACAAUAGCCAGAAGGGAAUAUUGGCAAAGGCAAGGCCUACGUCCAGCAAUGCAGUGACUUCACAUGUUCAGAAUCUCGAGAAGUGGGUAGAGAAAAUGCCUCCAACACCUCGGCUUGCAAACCGGAUCAGACCUAAUUACAACAAUGGUAUGGAUCAUCCAGACCUGUCAAGAUUUGCAUAUACACCUGCCAAGAUUACAGGGGACAAGCUUGGAAGAAACAAUAAUUCCGGUUGUACACCAGAAAGUGGGCAACACUUCAGUAACCAUUUCAACCAGGCACCAACUACAUCAAAUGUCAACUUAGUGAAAAGGAAAACAGACUGGGCAGACCUGGACAUGUACAUUAAAUACAGACAAAACCAGUCCUUUAACGACAACGAGAUCAACAACAACAUAUCUGAUGAGGACUCCUUGCCAGACAUUGAUGGGGCAAAUCAAGAUAUGACUUACACUGGACUUGAUACGGGACAAGACAAGUGGACUGACGACUUUGAGCAGGAGACAGACUAUGGGUACAGAUACGUGCAUGAUGUAACAGAUUCAGAGAUACCAGCUGAAUGGGAUGAAAGGCUGAACACACACAUGCAACAGAUCAGCACUAUAGCUAAAAGAAAGAAGGCGAGUUCUGUUGCUAGGAGACCAAAGAAGCUUCACACUGACCUUGAUCAACCUCAAAACAAUCUUCCCACAUGUGGUCAACCUUUGUAUGUGGCUACACCUCUGUAUGGUUCAACCAAUGCCAGUAAGGCAACAUCUGGUCCCAAAAGUCCCAAAAUGGUGGAAUCUCACCCAUCUAUGACCAGGCAACACGAUCCAGUUUGUGGGUAUAAAGCAAACUUGCAUGGCGACGACCAGGUUGACAAUCCCCAUGACACCAGUUUAUAUGACAUUGAAGAUUUCUCCACUGACGAGUCUUUUGAAGAUUGCUGUCCAAGUGAUUCAUCGAAUACUGCACAUGAAAGUAAUGUAUCCAAUACAGGACUUGCCCCCUCCAGAUUUGUGUACCAGUACAGUGGACCCAACCUGACGGGAAACAAUGUGAAAGUUCCCUCUAGAAACACUGCUAACUUGCCGGCUGAUUGUAAUGAUAAUAGACGGAGCUCAAGCUUCCAAAAUGGAUUGAAGCAUCAGUCCUCUAUUCACCCAAAUCAAAGCAAACCAACUGGCAGCAUUUUGAAGAGAACACCAUUCCACAAUCACACAGAUUCAACACUAAAGGAAAACAGUGGCCCUAAAAUCAAUACUAUGGUGUUUGAAAAUGAUGACUCAUGUGAUGAAAUGUUCCAUGAUGGAAUUGCUGGAUCGAGACAAUCUGCUAGUAAAUGGACAAAUUUCUUCAGUUCGCAGUCUUCUACAGCCAGUGAUCGCAUGAAUCUUGAGUACCCAGCCAUGCAUGGCCACAACCAACUUGUGAUGGAGCGACAUGGAGGCAGUAGAAAACAAGAGUCUGAGGACAAUAAAGAAACACCUAAAGGUUCUGUGACUGAUAAGAGCACAGCAACUUGCAGUUCCCACAUUGGUACAAAAAGACAUAAUUAUGGACAGGUUUUAGCCUGGGUCUCCAACCCUGCAAAUCAUCCAGGUGCUUCAAGAAGCGCUCCAUCUGAAAACAAAAGUGACACACGUGGAUGUGCAGGCAACUCUGAUUCUACUACCUCUGCUAAACAUAUUGCAGAAAGACCAAAGUCACAGAACCUUAAUUUACUAUUCACAAAAAAUCCAGUCAAACAAACUGGGGCUUUUUCCAACAUUUUUGAGGGAUUGUUUUGACAAACCAACUGGACUAACACACCCAACUGGAUUGUUCGGAACCCAGUGUCUUACUGUGACGUUUGUUACUGCAGUGAAUGGGCUUUAUAAUGGUGUAUAUUGUUAUUAUAUGAGUUUGUUCUGAGAAAACUGGGCAUAAUGCAUGUGCGUAAAGUGUCGUCCCAGAUUAGCUUGUGCAAUUUGCAAAGGCUAAUCAGGGACGACACUUUCCGCCUAAACAAUAUUUUCGGUAAAAAGGGACUUCCUUUAAACAAAAAAUACCAUAAAAGCGGAAAGUUUCGUCCCUGAUUAGCCUGUGCGGACUGCACAGGCUAAUCUGGGACGAAACUUUACGCACAUGAGUUAAGCCCAAUUUUCUCAGAACAAGACACAUAUUGUAAUUAAUUUUGUUGUUCAAGUGUUAAAUACAGUAACAUCUGUCACUGCUGACUUGCGCUGCCACAAAUUAAUGUUUAAUGCAUUCCCUGACUGAAGUGGAGCUUAAGUGUUCAAAUGCUCAUAUUUGUAUAGGGUUUCCAUGACAACAUGAAUAAAUUGUGCGUAGACAUUCGUUUGAUGAGAAAUGCAAUAAGCAAGAUAAUCAUAAUUACUGAUAAUAUCAUUUUGGACAAUGAGAUAAAAUGUGUUUGUCUGUGAUGAAUAAUUUAACUGUGAUAUGGUGUUCUGUGAUUAGUCGUUAUGUCUUUAUUAGAUUACUGGUUUCUUGCUGUAAGUCUUGCCACAGAUGUAUUGAUUUUUACAUACUGGUAGAUUUUUUUAAUAUAAUUUUGCUUAAUUGUGUUUUGAUGAAACAAUGUCUGUUGUAACGAGUGUAAUUGCAUAGUGUACAGGUGUACCAAUGCAGCUGACAUUGAUGCAAACUACUAUUUCAGUUACAGUUAUUAAUUACUGUUCAUUUACAGCAAUUGCAAUUUUCACAUGAAGUUUUAUGAUUUUUCCUCGUGCAAUUAAUGCAUUAAUUUGUGUUGAUGUUAUUAUAAAUAUUUAUAUGUCAAAAAACUAUUG